CAAGGUCGUUCAAAUUUCAAAUCAAGGAAUAUCUGGGACAUAUCUGUUAAACAAUUCUGUUUAAAAAUGACUAUUUUAACUUCGGCAAUGAAGUUUAAAAAGUUACUGCUGAUUGAAUCCUUUGUAUGUUUAAUGGUGUUCAGUGAAAAAAUUUUGUGUAAUGAGCAAUGCGGCGGUUUUAACGUUUGCCCUAGAAAUAAACCAUUUUGUUCAAAGGCCGGAUGUGUGUUUGAAUGUCAGCAGCCGUUUUAUGUGAAUGGAACAUAUUGCGUCUCAACUUGCGGCGACUGGUUUGUGAAAAAUCAGCUUUGUGUGCGACACUGUCCUGAUAAAUGGUUCAUAAGAGAAACUCUUGAACUAAUUGGAAGCCAGGUAUAUUUGGAAAAACAUUGCAUAUCAUCAUGUAGUACUACUGAAUAUAUGUUUGAAGAUACAUGUGUUCGGGCAUGCCCUUUGAACUUUAUUUAUAAACAAUCAAGUCUGUAGUUCUCAGUGUGCUGGUGAUAAGCAUCUGCUACAGAAUUUUUCUAUCAACGCUGUAACAUACCAUGAAUGUGUUGGACAAUGCCCACAAUUUGUCGAUGGUAUUUACUGCACAGAAGAAUGCGGCACAAACAAAUUUGUUUUAAAUUCAACUUGUGUUGACAAGUGUCCUGAUUCACACCCUCUAACUUCAGGAAACGACUGUGUACAAAAGUGCCCAGAUACUACAGUGUACUUAGAAAACAACACUUGUCUUACAAAUUGCACAGAAGAAAAACCCUUUUACAGGAAUAAAACUUGCACAGAGACGUGCCCCGAGACAUUUUAUAUCACUAACCGCAGCGGAGUUAUGUUUUGUGAGUAUAUGUGUCAGGGAGGAGAAUAUACGUAUAAAAACACUUGCUUACAUUCGUGUGCCGAUGAUGGCAAAAGAAAUUACUAUCUAUUUUACUAUCACCAGACAUGUUUAGAAGAAUGUCCUGCAAAUUACUUUUCUAAAAAGAAUGAAUAUUAUCUUGUUGGAAAAUGUGUGGCUUCUUGUGCAAAGGAUGAGUUUAUUAACAACAAUACAUGUGUUGAAAAUUGUCCAGUAGACACGUUUGUGAUAAACUCUUCAUGCGUAAACAAAUGCCCGGCAAAGUUUCCUAUUAACUGCUUAGCAGAAAAGGGUGAGAAAUGCAAUGGAGAUGGCCCUCGUCCACAUACAUUAUCUCAGAAAUUAUGUGUGUCAAGCUGCCCAAAGAAUACGUUCAUUUUUAGCAAUGCGUGUGUAAAAGAAUGUCCGAUUUCCUACCGAGUAUCUGAGCAAGAAUGUGUAUCUGAAUGUCCAAAAGACUUUCCUCUUGUUCAGAAUAAAACUAUUUCAUAUAAAACAUGGAUACGAUGUUACUAUUGCCUUUCUGGCUGGGAAACAACUACUCAAACGGACCAUAUCCUCGAAUGCGUUUCUGAGUGUCGUGAAGGGACAGUGAAUUUCAACUCUACAUGUGUCUAUGAAUGCCCGUACAAUUAUCGGUAUAUCGAGAACGGAACAUGUCAAAUGAACGCAUGUACUAAGCAGUAUAUGUAUAAUGACUCUUCAAACAUAAUUUGUACUGACUCGUGUGGGGAUGAAUACUUUAUUUACAAUAACACGUGCGUGAAAGAAUGUCCAAAUAAUGUCUACAUAACAAAUAAAACGUGUCAUUUAGAUACAUGCAAAACAACGUACAUGUACAAUACUUCUUCUGUAAUAAUUUGCACAGAUGACUGCAUAAAGUACGGAUUUAUCCAUGAUAAAGCGUGUGCUACAAAAUGCCCGUAUUACGUUUUUAAUGGUGCGUGUGUGUUAAAUUGUCCAGAAAGUCAUGCUUUAAUGGUAAAUCAAACCCGCAAGAUACACUGUGACUAUGAACAAAAGAACUGUAACAAAACAGUUAGUUAUACAGAAUGUAAGAAUAAAUGUCCACAACCUUUAUACAAACACAAAGAUCUGUGUUUAGAUGUAUGCCCAAAAUCACAUUUUGUUUUUGACCAGACAUGUGUAGCAAUGUGUCCACAAUCGCACCCUUUUCAUCAACAAAUGAAUGUGAAAGGUAACAAGACUAAUUCACCAGAUGGAAAAGAUCAACAACUGUUGUCACAAGAUGUUAAGUAUUUCAAUGUGUGUGUUGUACAAUGUACCUAUCCACGCUAUCUCCUUGACAAAGCAACCUAUUCAUGUCUAGAUACAUGUCCAAAUACAACAAGAUACAUACAUUCAAAUGUGUGUACCACAGGUUGCCCGAAAGGAAAACUGUCUAAUGAAAUUAAGAAAGGAACGGAAUGCAUCGACAACUGUCCUUCUAAAAAACUCCUUUUUAAUAAAACCUGUAUUCAAGCAUGUCCUCAAAAUACAUACAAUUACAAUAAUUCUAAAUGUGUUUUUAAAUGUCCAGACUCGCAGCCUUUAGGAUUAACAAGUGGGAAAUGGCGCUGCAUUAGAAGUUGUGAAAGUUACGAACUAUUCAAAAACGGAAAGUGCAUUUCUGAGUCAGACUGUGAAGAACCAUACUUUGCUUUUGAGAAUACAUGCGUGAAUACCUGUCCAGAAGGUUAUAUCUGGGUCAACGGAUGUGGUAAGAGAUGGAGUCAGACCGAAACUAUAGUGACCGUAGUGACACUCAGUAUAUUUAUUAUUCUGGCUUUUUGGUGCAGAGUAACGCUGAAAGAAUAUUUCAUUGUACUCUCAAUGAUAAUUAUCAAGGCAGACGUGUAUUGCAACAUGAACAGCGAUGAGAGCCUUGUGGCGGAAUAUGAUAACCAAAAUGAAGACGAACAACCUUUACUGAUAGAGUUGGAUGAACAUGAAGAAACUUAAUAGGCAUCGUGGAAAAAAUAGUUCUAACUGUAGAGUUUUUACUAGAGUUUAUAAUUGCUACAUCUUUGUCGCAUGUACCUUCCCUGAUUAACAUAAUGUUAUUCCACAAUCUAUAAAAAAUCGUACUUAGUGGAAACUGUCCAGCACGAUAUGGAGCAAGGUUGCUUUUAAUAGAAAGCAUAUAAAUAUACGCCAAGAUGUAAAACAUGUAUUCAGCAAUGAUACAACUGAACUUUUGCAGCAGUUAAAAUCUGUUAAAACCAAACAUAUAAUUCAUGUUUGCGCGGCGGAUAAAACAAAAUGUCAGAAAUGCGUCAGCAAGAUGCAACAGACUGUUUUGAAGACAUAUUCUGGAGACAUAUAAUGUAUGUUUGAACGACUAAAACAUAUAAACAUAUAAAAUGCGUGCAACCCAAUUGAUCCAGCGGCCAUGGAAAUUCAUUAUCAAGAAUUUCUUAUACUUGUGGCUCCUUCACAAAAUCGAGAUGACUGUAACAUAUACGUUGUCUUGUGUAAUUUAUGAAGUUGGGGAAUAGCGAAAAGUCAUUUUAUAGUUUUUGAUGUUUAUUAAUAUAAUAUAUCCAGAAUAAAAUUAAAGAUGUUGUCAGGUCUAAAGAUUCUAGCAAACUGAUACAGAAAUACAGAGGUAUAGAAAUAUAAUUAUUUCAGCAAUUUCAAAGGCAGCAUUCACAUGACAUAUCCAAGAAACAAACAUAUUGAAUCAAAAGAUUUUACAAUAAGGUGUUAAUGAUACAUGUCAAUCAACGUGGAACCGCCUCGGUAGCCUAGUGGUAGAGCAUCCGCUUCGAGUGCGGAAGGUCGUGGGUUCGAUCCCCGGCCGCGUCAUACCAAAGACGUAAAAAAUGGUACUAGUAGCUUCCUCGCUUGGCGCUCAGCAUUAAGAGGGUAGUGCUAGGACGGAUCAGCCCGGUGUCGGUAUAAUGUGACUGGGAGGGGUAUCAUGUCACGUGUCUACGGCGUGAUAUUCCAGUGAGGCAGCACUAUAAAGUUGGGCAUUGUGCUCACUGCUACAAGUAGACACCGUCGUUUAUAUCACUGAAAAAUUGUUGAAAAAGACGUUAAACCCGAACACGCACACACACACACGCACACACACACACACACACACACACACACACACACACACACACAAUCAACGUGGAAAAUAAGAGACUUUGAAGAACUAACUAUAAAACUGAAUGGAGAGAUUUGGUAACAAGGUGACAUAUACCAUCACUUUGACCUUCCUUAACUCUUUGAAGUUUGAGACCACCCAAAAGUCUACAAAAUAUGCAUACAAAAAGUAUAGACGUGAAUAUUACAAAGUCACAUAACAUGACAGCUUUCAGUUACAUUUAAACAAAACGUCUGGUCACUCCGGUAGAGACCGUACUAGAGAGGCGAAUUGUAGGCGUUUAAAUGGCAAGGUAUAGAUAAAUCUGUAAGAUAUGGUGCGGUUCAAAAAUAAAGUCAGGCACUGGUGUAGAAAAUAUUUACUUAAAUCAGUUAAAACAUUUCAGAAAUUUCAGGUGAUAACUUUCUCUGUUACAUAGUGAUAGCAUAGCAUGAACUCGAAAGUACUAAGUUCACUCCCCUAGAAAAUGGUCAAGAAGCCCAUUGCUCCAUAGACGUAACGUAUGGCUCCACUCCUGAUGCAAAGUUAAUAUCUUUUCCCGUAAAGUAUACAGAAUGGCUACAAUAAGCUUCAAAGAUGCUAAAUAAUCUUGAUAAAUGGAGGCUAAGUUUAACAGUUUCGAGGCUUAAAUUGGAUAGGACCUUCGUAACUGAAAAUCCUGUCAGUCCUAGCGUUAAAAUCUUGCAUGAAUUACCUUAUUCUAACCGCUGAUUCUAACUGCAGUAUUUAGUUACAGUUUAAUAGAAGAAGUGGAAACCCACAGGUCGCCCAACAUGACAUAAAUAAAAAUGUUUCAGGCUCGGUUCGAGAAAAAGGAGAUAUGUUUGUAUUGCGGUAUACAUUGAACCUUCAAUGAUACACAAAGUGCAAUUCCGUGAAAAGCGGCGUAUUAUACCCAGUUAAAAUAAUGGGUUUUCCCUAAACGAUAAAUGGGCAAUACUAAACAAUCUGGAGAAAGGGGAUCUGAGGUUACGGAGCCUUUAUAUCACUGAACAUUCCAAAAGAUUCAUGACGUGGUGGAACAGUAUCCAACGCUAUUAAAGCUGAAAUAUUGGAACCAACAAGGCCGACAUGUUCAAGCUAAAAAUAAUGUAAACAGUAUACAAACAAAACAUCAGUGUCUUGCUGAACGAUCUGAAGAGAUCGAAAUGAAGUAGCUCUGAUUGAAAUGUACGAGGGGACAUUUUACGAUCAUAUAUAACGUCUAUAGCGCAAUGUACCAAACACCUUUAUAAAGAGUGAACUUAGUACUUUCAUGUUCAGUAGUACGGUGUGCGAAUCGCCUCUAUAGUACGGCCUCUGCCGGAAUGACCAGACGUUUUGUUUCAAUGCAAUUGAAAGAUUUCUUUUCGAUUUUCUGAAGGAGCGGCAAGUGCAAGAAAUUCUAUAUUUCUUAUACAGACUUUUAUCACGUAUUUAUAAAGACGACCACAGUU